ACUAUCCGAACUAUGAAAUGAAAUUGUACUGCUGUGAGGUAGCCUAAUCUGACUUCAGCCUUCAGACCUUGUUGGGACACUGGACCACUGAUAUGAAACUGAAAGCGAGUCAGCGGUUUGCUCCUUUUCUGAAACGGCACUUUGUAAUCCUGGAGAAGAGCCUUUGCUCCCUUAAAUAAUGCACAUGAGCGGAUACAAUGUAAAUAAAUAUAUCAAGUUAAUUAACUAAUGAGAUCUUCUGCGUCAGUGCAAGAUUCCGUGGACAGCUCCUCUUCUGGUGAUUCACCCUCAUUUAUUUGGUUUCUGAGUCUGGGAAAUCUCCGGGAAAAGUGCCGCUUUACAAGAAGAGGAGAGGAAACUCUUCAAAAGCAUGGAUGCAGUUAGGUGUCCCGACUUUUUUGAUGAUAAAAGCAACUGGGAACACACAGCUCAUGGUCUUUACUUUAUCAGAUGAGUUCGAUUUCCGAUCUAGAGAGGAUUUUACGUUAUUGUGUGUGUGUGUGUGAGACACCUGAAGAAGAAAUACAAUGCAAAAGUCCAGCAGGAAACUGUCUCUGUGCCAGGCUUUUAUCCUUGUAACAGUGCUGCUGUGUCCAGGUUGCCUGUCAUCUCAGUCGUCAUCCAGGAGAGUAGAGGUGGGAGGUGAGGGCCCACAGAUGUGGAGCCAACUGCAUUUCAUGAAUGAGUGGGCCUCGUGGGGUGGAUGGUCUGUGUGCUCGCACUCUUGUGGGGGAGGAGCCUCUGUCCGUACGCGCACAUGCAUCACCAGAAAUCUAGUUGGAGGGCCAUGCUCAGGGGACACCAGGCAAUACAAGAUCUGCAACACAAAGGAGUGUGCAGCUGGCUCUCUGGACUUUAGAGAACUGCAGUGCAAAGCUUUCAAUGACAGACCCCUUGUUGCUGGCAACAGUUACCAAUGGACUACCUUUCAUCGAGGUUCUGACCCCUGUGAACUCAGCUGCCUGGCUAUUGGACACAACUUCUACUACAAUUUUGGGCGCGUCCUUGAUGGCACUCCUUGCCAAACAGAACAGGGCGCUGUCUGUGUGAAUGGAAAGUGCCUGAAGCCAGGAUGUGACUUGAUCUUUGGAUCCCAGCAGCAGGAGGAUGCCUGCAUGGUGUGUGGAGGCCACAACUCAACCUGCCUUCAUCACCGAAGUGUCUACCAGAGCAACGGGCAGAACAAUGCAGGACUGUUUGGAUACAGUGAGGUCACUAUGAUCCCAGCCGGAGCCACACACAUCAGAGUGACUGAUAACAGCAGAAACUAUCUAGCCCUCCAAAAUGGUCGUUCUCAGUUUGUGAUCAAUGGGAACUGGAAGAUUAAUGUUCCAGGGGAGUACAGUGUGGCAGGAACCAAAUUGCUGUACCGCCGCUCUGCUGAUACUUGGGAGAGUUUUGAAGUUUCAGGACCUACUCAGGAGGAUUUGCACAUUAUGGUAUUGUCAACUCAUAAGAACUCUGGGAUAGAAUGUGAAUAUUGGCUCCCUCCAGAUCGCUAUGCUCUGUAUCAUGGGAGAAGUCAACUUCGGCAGCCUCACCACACAGCAAACUUCUUGCCCUUUGGACCUCAAACCACAACCACAACUUCUACCACAACCACUACUACACCACAGCCAGUCACCAAACUUCCUUUCUGGGGUCCUACUGGUCACUGGCCGUUUCAACCCCCCUAUCAGCAGCAGCCAGUUCCACGUUUGGAAAGAGAUGAAAACCGCAGGAACCGGCUGCCCGAGAUACAUCGUAGAGAUCACUGUGGGAGAUGUCGGAGGGCACGAGGAAAAGGGGAGCGCCAGCGACAGUAUUGCCAGAAAGAUUUUGUAUUUAGAGCAAAAGUGAUAGAAAAAGUGUAUCAUGGUGAGGAGACCCGCUACGACGUCCAAAUCAUCCACACGUACCGCAACGGUUACCGUCUGGAGCACCGUGAGUUCCUCUGGGCACCCAACAAAUGUGACUGUCCCCCUCUGGAGGAGGGCCACCAGUACGUGUUGAUGUUGCGGCGGCAUAUUAAUUAUGAACACACUCUCAAUCGCAUCCUGAUAGAAGAGGACAGCUACGCUCAGCCAUAUCGAGCGCGUGAGGAUAGCCUGCUCCGCCCUCUAGAGGAGCUCUGCGGUAAUAGAGGAACUAGAACUCUGUUCAGGGGGUAAACACACAAGGU